AGCCUUGUGCUAUACGUGACCCCUUCUUUCAUCUUCCUCUCUCUUCUUCAUCUUCCCUCUCUUCUCUCUUUCUUAUUAAAUCCUUCACACCCUCUCUCUUUCAAAGAUUUUCCUCUCUAAACACCGUUCACAACCAUUUCUCUUAUGGCAUCUUCUUCUGGUACCUUAGACACUACUUCUGCUUCCAAUUCUUAUACCAAUAACUUCACUUUCUCGACACACCCAUUCAUGACCACUUCUUUCUCUGAACUCUUAGCUUCUUCCGCUGAAGACAAGCCUCGUGCUUCUGCUGCUGCUGUUGGUGUUCCUAAGUUCAAGUCUACACCACCACCGUCUUUGCCUCUCUCUCCACCUUAAUCCUUCUAACAUUUUGCCAUCUCCAACAACGGGGGCAUUUGUUGCACAUAACUACAAUAAUUGGAAGAACAACAACAAUUCUGGUGGGAACCAACAACAAGUUAUCAUCAAAGAGGAAGAAGGAAAGAACAACAAUUUCUCAAACUUCUCUUUCCAAACCCAGCCAUCUAUGUUUCAAUCCUCAUCAACUGCCACAACUCAAACACAGCAGCAGCAGCAGCCGCCAUGGGGAUUUCAAGAAUCCAACAAGAAACAGGAAAAUUUCUCAUCAUCAAAAACUGUGAUGAAAACUGAGAACACUUGUUCCAACCAAAACAACAAUGGGUUCCAAUCAGAUUACAGCAGCAACAACAAUUACCAGCCACAAUCUCAGACUCUAAGCAGAAGAUCAGAUGAUGGUUACAAUUGGAGAAAAUAUGGUCAGAAACAAGUGAAAGGUAGUGAGAAUCCAAGAAGUUACUAUAAAUGCACAUUCCCAAAUUGCCCAACAAAGAAGAAAGUUGAGAGAUCCUUGGAUGGACAAAUCACAGAGAUUGUUUAUAAGGGUACUCAUAAUCACCCUAAGCCUCAGAACACUAGGAGAAACUCUUCAUCUUCUUCUAAUUCUGCUGCUUUUGCAAUUGCUCCCUCCAAUCAAAUGAACAACUCUGAGGUGACUGAUCAUCAAUCUUAUACACAUGGUAGUGGGCAAAUGGAUUCUGUUGCCACCCCUGAGAACUCCUCAAUUUCAGUUGGGGAUGAUGAUUUUGAACAAAGCUCUCAGAGGUGUAAAUCAGUUGGAGAUGAAUAUGAUGAUGAUGAACCUGAUGCCAAAAGAUGGAAAAUUGAAGGGGAAAAUGAGGGAAUAUCAGGAGGUGGAAGUAGAACAGUGAGAGAACCAAGGGUUGUGGUUCAGACAACAAGUGACAUAGAUAUCCUUGAUGAUGGCUACAGAUGGAGGAAGUAUGGCCAGAAAGUAGUGAAGGGCAAUCCAAAUCCAAGGAGCUACUACAAGUGCACACACCCAGGUUGUCCAGUGAGGAAGCAUGUAGAGAGAGCCUCACAUGACCUGAGGGCAGUGAUAACAACCUAUGAAGGCAAACACAACCAUGAUGUCCCCGCCGCCCGCGGCAGCGGAAGCCAUGCCUCUGUCAACAGACCAAUGCCCAACAACCACCACAACAAUGCAAGCAUUGCAAUUAGGCCUUUACCAUCAAUGACACACCACAACAACAACAACACUAACAACGUUACUUCCCUUCAACAAGGGCCAGAAGGACAAUCACCCUUCACACUUGAAAUGCUUCAGAACCCUUCAAGCUAUGGAUUCUCAUCUUCUGGGUUUGGGAAUCCAAUGGGUUCUUACAUGCCUCAGCAGCAGCAACAACAGCAAUCUGACAAUGUGUUUUCUUCCAGAGCCAAGGAGGAACCUAGGGAUGACAUGUUCCUUGAAUCUUUGCUAUGCUGAAGCAAAAUUCAUAACAAAAUAAACUCAGGUUCAUUUCAUUUAUUGCAUUUUUUAGUUUGUUUUUUGUUGUUGUAUAUUUUACACAGCCACAGCCCAUAGGAUUGGUAAUAGUGUAUAUUUUUUAUAUUUGUUGUAUGUUACAAAAUGUUAUGUUAAAAAUUUUUUGAUUAAUUUAAGGGCCAGAAAAAUGGUCUGAAAUUAAUCUUUUUUUUUUUUGUAUUUGUUUUAGGAGACUUUCAUUUAUUUAUUAUUUGUUUGAUAUAUCUCUCUCAUACUGUUUACAAGAAAAUAAUUAAAAUAUAUCAAAGAAAAUUUUCUUGUUCACCA